AGGGCUUUUUGGGUUUUGCCGAUGAUUGAUGCAUUCAAAUUAAAUCCGUAAGGUAACGUUUUCCAGCUCGCGAGCCAUGGGAAGAGCCUUGAACACUCUGCUCUCCGUCUUCUUCUCCGGCGACCACCGGAACACCUACUGCUACCACAACACCAUCAACGGCGGCAACAACUCCUACUACUACUACACAGAGGGCACGAGGAUGAUCGACAGGAAUAAGACGACCAAGGGAAAGUCUGUGUCUCUGCAGACGGUGGAGCUGAAGGUGAGGAUGUGCUGCACAGGGUGCGAGAGGGUCGUGAAACAGGCCCUCAUGAAGCUUCGAGGGGUGGAUUCGGUGGAUGUGGAGGUGGAGAUGGAGAAGGUGACAGUGACGGGGUACGUGGAGCGGGGGAAGGUGCUGAAGCAGGUGAGGCGGAGCGGGAAGAAGGCGGAGUUCUGGCCCAACCCGGAGCCGCCGCUCUACUACACGACGGCGAAGAACUACUUCCAUGACGAGGACGCCUACCGGGACAGCUACAACUACCGGAAGCACGGAUACAACGGCGACCGUCAUGGAAGGGCGCCGGAGGCCUACCGCGGCGACGACCGCGUCGGCAACCUGUUCAACGACGACGACGUCAACGCCUGCAGCGUCAUGUGAUGGUGUUGUACGUAGGAGUGUGGCAUGCAUCAUGAGUUGCUCUCCGCCAUGAUUGUGGCCUGGGAGCUUCCAUGUGGGGGAAAAGUUUGUUGUCUCUGCUCUCGGUCUCCUUCCUCUGCGACGAACGCAUGCACCCUGUUCUCGAUGCCACAGGCGUGCGUGCGUGAUCGUGUUUAAUUUGUGCUUGACAACUUAUUUAAGUUGCUUUAAUUUGGAGGAAAUCUUUGAUAGAUUUA